AUGCCCGGAGUCGCGACUCGCUCCAACAUCGCCGCCUUUGCCGCCGCCGCCGCCGCCUCCGCCGCCUCCGCCGCCUCCUCCACCUCCGCCUCCUCCACUACCUCCGCCGCCUCCGCUACCUCCGCCGCCUCCGCUCCCUCCGCCACCUCCACCGCCUCCGCCGCCUCCACUGCUGCCGCCGCCGCCGCCACCCCCAGCACCACUCCCAUCACCACCCCCACUCCCUCUACCGCCUCCACCACCACCUCCACCGCCCCUUCCACCUCGUCCAGUGCCCUUGCCCCCCUUGCCCUUGCCGGUGAGAACGCUAGGCGAUCGGGCUGCUCGGCAGCUCGGCUGUCGGGCGACUCGGCUGCAGGGCGGCUCGGCUGCUGGGCGGCUCGGCUGCUGGGCGGCUCGGCUGCUGGUGCGGGGCGGCUCGGCUGUCGGGCGGCUCGGCUGCUGGGCGGCUCGGCUGCUUGGCGGCUCGGCUGUCGGGCGGCUCGGCUGCUGGGCGGCUCGGGAGGUCGGGCGGCUCAGGUGGCCGGCGGUUCGGCUGCUCGGCGUUGCGGGCGCUGGGAGGCGGGGUCGCAGGUGGCCGCGGGCCGCAAGGGUGGGCGGGGCCGUAGCGGGGCCGACGGGGCCUAA